AAGAUACGGCAGCAGUAUCAGUCGCUCUGCCGAGUAUUGUACACCUCCGCGCCUUGGUAAACUCCAAGAGCAUGGACUAAUUGAAUCAAUUGAGCGAGUCCCUCCGCCUGAGCUGAUUGCGUUCGGGGCUGCGAGCGUGCCUUCCAGUGUUGUGCUCAAUGUGAUAUUUCUGUGCCGUUAAACAGUGCUUUGGAGUUUGUGAAGUUUCGAAAGAGUGUGGAGUUCAUAAUGUACAGAACAACCUGCACUUUUCUGACGCUGGCUGCCUUGUUGCACUUCAAGGCAAUAGCAACGGACACCAGCGUCGAGAUACAAGAGCUGAACGGGCUGGUGCAGCCGAAGCGGUGUUCUUACGAGUACGCACACGGCUACUAUGGAGCCUCCUGCGCCAACUUGGAGCUGGACAGUGUUCCCAACCUUAAAGGAAGCAUAGAGGUCAUCGACUUCAGAGGAAACAGAAUAGGGCUACUAAAAAAAGAGACAUUCGCCGUGUACACAGGCCUAAUAUUGCUCUACCUCCCCGAUAACUACAUGUUUGGCAUCGAAGAAAAUGCUCUAUCCACGUUAACUUCCUUAGUGAGCCUGGAUUUAUCAGGCAACAGAAUCCAAACACUACCAAACUCUAUUUUCCAACUACCCUCGUUAAAAAAAUUACAGCUUAACGGUAAUCCGUUGAUGCAAAUGGAUGGACAGUUUAAUGCUCUCUCUAGGCCAAUAAAGGCACCUUUACAAUAUUUAGACAUGUCCGGCUGUUCGCUAGCAAAAAUAUGGAACUGGGGUAUCCUACCUCAACUAACUUUCUACAAUAUUUCACACAACCCUCUCGCAGACCUGGAAAUGUCUCACUUCGUGGACAUGUGCAAAUUGAUGAAGGUUGAUUUGACGAAGUCUGUUGACAGAGUAAGGCUGUGUGACCUGAAACCGACAAUCGCGUGGCUGAAACGGAAACGUGUAGACUACUUACUAUUGGAUGACUCGCACGUGAGGCUGGCGUCUUUAGAGUUCGCGUCGUGUCCAGAGAGCGCAAUUUCGAAUGAUCUCAACCACACACACAACUUGUGUCUGGCAGCUUACAGGGAGCCAGUCCCCGAGUCCCGGCCAGGCCGACGCACGUGGGCGAAGGUGUGCGGCGGCCUCGCAGGCUUCCUUGUGGGCUUCAUGCUACUCCUGUACGUGUUCCACCGCUACAACGUGGCCAAGACCAAGCGGGCCAGCGAGAAGAAGCCCCUGCCCAAACAAGGCGACAAGCGCGCGUCAGAGUUGCUUUUAAAUGAUGCGUCGUCCGCCUAGUUGAUGUCGUCCAGUCUCGCCGGCCA